GAACGCUUUGACCAGAUCGGUUUCGGCAACUGGGGGAGCGUCUGGCUUUGCAUGCCAUAUGCUGAGCCAUCCGAUGGCCGUCACCUGAGACCUCUCACCGACGUCAAGGUUGCCACAAAACUCGUCCACAGGUCAAGAACCCCUACCGCCAAGGCUCGAGUGCAAUCACUAUGGAACGAGUGGAAGAUUGUCACCUCGCUGAGACAUCCAUCCAUAAUCGAUUUCUUCUCAUUCGUUGUCUCAGAUUCACAUGCACUCAUCACGAUGGCGUACCAUCCUCGGCUCGUGUCUGUGGAAGUACCGGAACAGUACGCUAAGGAGUGGUUCUGUUCUCUGCUCUCCGGAGUUGAAUAUCUCCACAAUCGAGGGAUUGCACACAACGACAUCAAACCAGCUAACAUCCUGCUCACACCUGCCAACGUCCCAGUUCUAAUCGACUUUGGCUUCGCGAAACAAUACGACCCACAGGCUCCGGACGCAUUCCAUAGCAAUCUUAGCUACGGUACUCCCGAGUACCUUUCGCCAGAACGGUCUGCGGGUCAUUUGCACGAUAGCCGCAAGUCAGACAUAUGGUCGCUUGGUGUGACCUUCUUUGAAAUCCUCGUUGGUCGGACGCCCUUUGAGAAAAUUGAAGGUGAAGAGUUCAAUACCAAGGAGCAACUACAUCGGUAUUGGACUUUGACUCUACGCGGCAAGUGGGUUGGCAAAUGGACAAUGUCUCCUGCAAUGGAAAAGCUUCUCCGUCGAAUGAUCCUUCCUAACGCCGACCUACGCUGCACUGCCGCGGCUGCUAUUGCUGAUCCAUAUUGGCAACAAAGCGACACCCCUGAGGCGAAGGCGAAGCCCAGUACUCAUGCGCACAGUGAGUUCUGA